GUUUCACUCGAAAGGCCGAAAUCUGCGACACCAGGCGCCACGGCCUUCCACAUUGUUCUCUUCUCCCCGCUUCGCAUUCAUCGCAACCCGGACAGUGCAACAUUCACAGCAAAGAGACGAGUUAUUGUCGGACUCGUACUCGUGACACCCACUAGCGGACCGACGGGCUUGUGUUUUACGGGCGAGACCAUCGUCAAAUCAAUCGCUCCCCUUUGUCUUGAUAGUCUUUGACCCGAGACCUCCAAUCUCUCCAUCCCGACCCUGCGACUACCAUGAAUGGCCGAAAUGCUCCGCUGUCACCUGUAUCUCUAGGCGGUAGCGAGUGGUCUUAUCCAACACUCAUCGACAGCGACGGCCCUUAUCCCAACAACAAUCGCGGCCAGCUCAUCUCUCCACCCGAUUCCGGAGGAUCCAUCGGGACUAUGAAUGGGGGCUUCCCUCCGGGGCCUCGGAGCGUCGGUGGACCAUCUCCACCCCCAUCCAUCGGCCGCUCCAGUGUCGGAACAAACCUGUAUGCGCGAAGCGAGAGCGGGAGGAGCCAGAGGGAAGAGAACACCGAGGCGAUACUCGGGGAGCACUAUGUGUCACUAAAACGCUUCCUCUCCUCCAUUUCGCGCGACGGCAAACCCAAUGCCCCACCAAACAAGGCCCGCGACAAGCUACAGCGCCUUACCGGCGUGCAGUUCCUCGAGCUCAGCACAGAUGUCUACGAUGAGCUGAAGCGGCGCGAGGCCUCCGCCCGAAGACCCUCGAAUCCGAAUUCACAAGGACCUCCUCCGUACCUUCUACCCGAAAAUAACUUCCACCCUAAGAGAAACCAGGCGCGCCAGAAGCUGUCAUCGCUCGGGCCACCUCGCUUCCGCGACCUCGCUACUGAUGUCUUCUGUGAGCUGGAGCGCCGGUACCCACGCUUCUCGGCCGGGGACAUCCCUCGGGUAGGGAGUCCCAUGUCCGUUAGAGGUCCUCCCAGCCGGGCCCAAACCCCCGUCAACGGCACCGGCAUGACUGGAUUCCCUCCGCGGGGCCAGAGUCGCGUCCGGCGACCUUCCGAGGCGAGCUCGAUACGGAGUGGCCGAGGUGGCCCAGGACCGAUGAACGGAGGAUACGGGGUUCCGCCAUCGCCGAGCCUGCCCAAUGGCGACUAUGGCAGACCCAUGCCGAAACAGUUCCAGAGCAAUACCAUUGUGCCGAACAAGAGCACAAUGGUCGAGGAGGACGAUGACCCGGUCAGCCCUCUCAGCCCUAGAAAUGACGGUGCGGAUGGUUUCGGACAGGAUCAACUGGUGAGCAGCCGCGAGGGUAGGCGUAGCGGUGCCACUGAGCGAAGCCCUGUACCUUCCGAGACCGAUAGAAAGCUCAUUGAGGACUACGAGUCACAGGUCAGAGACCUCCGCGAUAAACUUGACAACCUAGAAGACGACCUGAAGAAGAAGGAUGACGAGCUGAAUAACGUAUUGGAUGGUGAAAGGUCUCGGGCGACGGCGGCAAAUCUGGAGAAAAAGGACUGGGAUGACGUCCGGUUUGGCUUGGAGAACAGGCUCGCGGAAGCGCAGAACCUGAACGACUCGUUGCGACAAGAGUUGGAUCGCAUCAGGGACGACCAUGCUAGCGAGACUCGGCAACUCAGAGACGAGAUCGAAGAGUACCGACAGUCGAGGGGAAAUAAGCGUUCCGAUAAUGGUGCUGCUAAUCAGGAGCUUCAGAGGGAGAACGAAGACCUGCGUGUAUCUCUUCGGGAACAGCAACAGGUUACGGAGGAGGUUCGCCGCGAGGCCCAGGAGUUCCUCCGCGAGAUGAAGAUGCUUUCCCAGCAGAGCGGAUCAGCCUGGGAGAAGCAAAGCGAACUCGAGAAGAUCAUCGAGCAGCUCGAGGACGAGGUCAGGGAUUGGCGGAACCGAUACGCCCGUACUAAGACGCAGUUGCGGAACAUGCGGGCAUCCUCCUUGGGUCUCAACAUCGAGCACGACGCCGCCAAGUACGUGAGAGACCAGGGCUUCGCGCGGGAUGACGGCCUGGUGAAGGAUGUCCACGUCACCAAAUUCCAAAUUUCCAUCGACGAAUUACUCAAGCGAGCACGCGCCGAUCCUCCUGAGAAGGUGAUCGACUCUAUGAAAGCGGUCGUGGUCAGCGUGAGGAGGAUCACAAAGGAUAUCGACGACUCGGCCCCGAAUAACGAGGGUGUGGCUCAACAAACGGCCAAGUUGAAGUCCCGGGUGUCGUCAACCGCCAACAACCUAAUUACUGCGUCCAAGAACUUCGCCGCUUCGGCCGGAAUGUCCCCAGUCUCUCUUCUUGAUGCCGCGGCAUCCCACCUUGUUGCGGCAGUUGUGGAACUGCUCCGUACCGUCAAGAUCCGGGCGACUCCUGCUGGCGAGCUUGAGGACGACGACGACGGUACUAUAACUCCUGUUGACUCCACGGGAUUCUUCUCGCCGAGAAGCGGCGGCCAGAGCCAGAUAUCGAGCGCGGGCCUCACGCAAGACGUGUUAUCUCCCCCCGCUCCACCCUUCCAGGGCUUGGGGGGUAGCCGAGUCAGCGCCGACUCCUCUGCCUACAGCCCGGUCAGCUCUCCACGAGAAUCAUAUUCGUCUAGACGCCCCGUUUCCCGCGGCGCCCCGAUGGGCAACGGCAAUGGCCUAGGCAUCAACAAGAGCUUGCCUUUGGCACCCAAUGGCAAUGGCAAUGGCAAUGGCAAUGGCUACGGCAUGCGACGGCGAGACAACCGAACCGAGGACGUGAAGAUAUACCUUGACGACCAGAUGGCAAUCCUUGUGCCGACGAUCCAGAACCUUGUCCAACUUAUCCGGAGCGACGCCAACAUCGACCAGAUCUCAGAGGAGAUCAACUCGAUCGUAGACGUCGUCGGCCAGGUGGUGUCGGAGACAGAGACGCUUGGUCCCAGCGGGGCGGCUCUCGUCGGGCGGCUCGGAACCUGUCGGCAGCGCCUCAUGGAGGCUGGCGACCGCGGCAUGGAUCUCGCAGCCGACGGGAAGGAUCCCAGGAGCCGGGAAUGGCGCAUGUGGACCCAGACUCUCCCCCCCAUCGCCUUCGAGAUCGCCCGCGAGACUAAGGAACUAGUGCAGCGUAUGGACCAGCUGGUGAUCGAUGACGGCGCUGACGAAUUUGCAUGACGGAUGAGCAAUGUGAAAUGGGCGCCCUCUCCUGGCUCUGACCAAAUGGGGCUCCCCUCUGGCACGAUUGAAGUUCGCACCGAGCUUUUUUGGGCAUCGCCUACAUAAUUUUCUCUCUGGUUUAGCACCGCUUUGAUACCCGCCUGCAUCGUAACCCUACGUGGGUUCUUAUUCAUAUCUUCUUUUUUUCCCUUUUUUCUUCUUUUUCUUCUUUUUCUUUUUCCAUCGCGGGGCCCAGGGCCUGCUGCGUAUUUGCGGUCUGGACAUAUCUUGCAUCUGCCGAUUUUUGUAUCUUUCGCUUUCUGGCUACCUUGGCCUGGGAUCAUGUAUAGAUAGGGUGCAUGGCGAAACUUGAGACGGAGC